CACAAUUUUCAUUUAGAGAGCUCUACAAACAGAACUUACAAUAAAAUCUAUCUUGAAAACCAUAAUGAACACAAAGAAGAUCAUCAAGAUGGCCAAGAAAUGGCAACAAAGAGCAGCCCUUCACAGGAGAAGAAUCUCAUUCCACAGAUCAAAUACUAGCAGCUCAACGGCUGUAGAGAAGGGCUGUUUCGUGGUUUACACGGCAGAUCACAAGCGCUUUGCUUUUCCACUGAGGUACCUUAGCAACUCUGUUUUCCAAGAGCUCUUGAAGAUCUCUGAAGAAGAGUUUGGCCUCUCUGCUGGUGGACCAAUUACGUUGCCAUUCGAUUCUCUUAUCGUGGAGUAUCUCAUUAAGUUAGUCGAGCGAAGAAUGGAUGGAGAUACAGAAAAGGCUUUGUUAAUGUCAAUAUCCGGUGCUAGAUGCUCUUCUUUAAAUUGUUCUUUAGAACUACAACAACAACAACUGCAUGUAUUUUAGAGUCUCUAUGCAUCGAAAGAGUGUAAAUACGUUUAUAGUUAGAUCAUAACUGAAUACAAAACAGAAUUUGAUUA